CCUUCAGAAGACUCAAAGGCACAUUCGUAAGAUGCGUCAUAGAAGAAAGAAUCAUGCGUAGUAAUACUACACUUCUGCUAUUUAAUUUUAAUAAAUCUACAUUUAAAACUGCUUCUCGCAUCAUAACUUUCAUUAAAAGAGUGCUGACUUUUGAUGGAAACAAUACAUCCGGGACUCACCCAACUGAGGGCGGGUUAGGGCAAAACUUAUGCCUACUAUAAAAACAUGGAAAAAUAAAUUCACUUUUGUUUUUAUCUAUUUAUGUGUCAGAAGCGUUUUGCCUUCUUUUUAAUUUGGUGACGCUUGAAACGCCUUAGAAUUAGUUCAUUAUUUAUAAUUUUCUUUUAUAUUUUCCCGUCUUUUUUCUCAAUAUUUGCCAAUUUUUUACAAUUAUUUCUCGAAAAUUAAUGUAACGUAACGUUCCUCCAAAAUAGCCACCAGUAAAUAGUAUAGAUACAGAUAUAUCCUGCGAAAUCGUUACAGCAUUUAAUUAAAAAAAAAUUGAAAUUUCAUUUGCAUCAUUUCAAAAUUUUAUCACGUCAAGUUCGUUGUGCCAAUACUACAAAAGAGUGUAUUACAUAGUUUGCCCGACGUAUCGAAAAUUCUACUUUUAUCUAUCUUCAAGGCAGAGAGAACGCUUAUCGGAAAUAUUUUCGUUAAUUUCCUUCGAUUGACCCUGAUUUUAGGGAGGAUCGGUCCGUCCUUUGGCAUUUAUUACGGCGAAAGUCACCCGAGGGUGUAUACAACAAGCUGGUAAUGUUCGUGCAUGAAGGAAUGGAAGAGGAGGAGCAUGAACACGAUCCUAAGACAUGUAUGAGUCAGCAAGCCAUGCACGCCCUAUUUGAAAUGCGUGCCAACAAUAUGUUGUGCGAUGCAACGAUACGCCUUCAGGACGGAAGCUUCUUUCAUGUUCAUCGAGCUAUCAUGUGCUCUUGCAGCAAUUAUUUCAGAGCACUAUUCACUACGUCCCUUACCGGCGAAAAGGAUGAUGUAACAAUACCUGGGAUACGGACACCAAUCAUGGAGAAAAUCAUAGACUAUGCGUACCUUCGAAAGUGUGAUAUGGACCAGAGGAAUAUCUAUGAACUCCUAACCGUUGCCGACUAUGUUGGAAUGAUGGGUUUGGUUCGACAAUGUGUGGAAUUUAUGGUGAACAUGUUGUCUCCAACCAAUUGUGUGGGAAUAAUGCUAUUUGCAAGAGCUAAAUUCUGUCAUGACCUCUGUACAAAAGCUCGGGCAUAUAUUCUGCGGAACUUCGUCGAAGUGGCCAUCAAGAGCCAGGAAAUAUUGAAAAUCGGAUUAAAGGAAUUCUACGAUAUCAUAAGCGAUGACAUGUUGAACUCGAAGGACGAGGAGCCAGUCUGGGAGUGCUGUCUGCGUUGGAUUGACUUCGAUCCGACCAAUCGGGCCCAGCAUAUUACUAAAUUAAUGCGAGGCGUACGAUUGGGUCUUUUAAAUACUCGAUUUUUCAUGGAGCAAGUCAAGGAUCACCCUUAUGUCACGGCUUGCGAAUCUGCGAAGCCACUGAUAAUCGAAACAUUAACAUUCCUUUACGAUUUGGAUAUGAUUGGAUCACGGGAUGAUGAGAUCAGAACCCCAGCAUUGGCACUUCCUCGUCUACCACAUGAGGUAAUUUUCGCUAUUGGCGGCUGGAGUGAAGGACUUCCGCAACGUUGUAUUGAAACCUACGACACCCGAGCGGAUAGAUGGAUACGCAUCCGCGACGAGGAUCCUGCCGGUCCACGAGCUUACCAUGGGACCGCCGUCAUUGGUUAUAAAAUUUACUGCAUCGGCGGAUUUGAUGGCAUGGAUUAUUUUAACACUUGUCGAGUGUUUGACGCAGUUAAGAAAACAUGGAAGGAGAUCGCCCCAAUGCAUUGCCGCCGGUGUUACGUAAGCGUCACAGAGUUGAAUGGAUUCAUCUACGCAAUGGGAGGUUAUGAUGGAAAUAAUCGGCAAAAUACGGCUGAACGUUAUGAUCCUAAGACGAACCAAUGGACCAUGAUUGCACCCAUGAGUGUACAGAGGUCGGAUGCUAGUGCAUGUACACUAAAUGGGAAAGUUUACAUUACAGGCGGAUUUAAUGGUCAGGAAUGUAUGAACAGUGCUGAAUUUUACGAUCCUACUACCAACACUUGGUCACCUCUUCCAAACAUGAUAUCCCGGCGAUCUGGAGUGUCCUGUGUGGCACAUAAAGGAUACAUUUACGUAGUGGGCGGUUUUAACGGCCUAUCGCGAAUGAAUACUGGAGAACGAUUUGAUCCCGAAACUCAAACCUGGUCAUCCAUCCGUGAAAUGUAUCAUCCACGAAGUAAUUUCGGUCUGGAAAUCAUUGACGACAUGAUUUUCGCUAUUGGUGGAUUCAACGGGGUUGCAACCAUUGCACAUGCUGAGUGUUAUGUGGUGGAAACGGAUGAGUGGCUCGAAGCAACCGACAUGGGAAUAGUUCGCUCAGCUCUCUCGGUAAAUGUUAUCAUGGGGCUACCUAACGUUCGUGACUACAUUCAUAAAGAUCGGGAGCGGUUGAUGGAGGAACGUAGGCAACGGAUGUUCCCCAAUGAAAUGGAAAGUGAAGAGGACGACCAAGUCGUGCCAGCAGUGAAUCCAGCUGCAGAAACCGAUGAAAAUAAUGCGGCCGUACCAGCAGUGAACAACCCACCAGCAAUCAAUAUCGUUGCUCCAAUUGCCGUGCCUGCCAUAGGUCCUAACCCACUAGUGGCCCCCGCAAAUAAUACUAACAAUAACAAUAAUAAUAACAAUCGUAACGUCAUUAAUGGAGUAGCACUCAAUUUGCGCGCAUCUGUGAACAAUAAUCGUGGAGGAAAUCGUCGAAGACAGCAGCAUUAAUAUUCAGAAUAUAUAUAUAAAGAACAAGGACCACAUUAAUCAGCAUCUUGACUUGAAGAUAGAACAACAAAUUGUCUUUUGGCGUUUCAUAUAUCAAAACAAAAGGGCAAAGUUUUCAACUAUAUGCAAACAAGUUUUCUAUGAUUUUUGUAACGAUACCGAAUAUCUUUUUUGCACGAUAUAUUUUGAUGCGACGAUACUCAA